CCCCCAAUAUCUAUAGCCUUCUCUUUGCAACACAAGGAGCGAAGCAGGGAGGAAAGCAUAAACCCUAGAAAGCCGAGAUGGUGGGGACAAAUCUGAAAGCGGAUACGAUGUCUCUGAUGGACAAGCGUAGCGCUUUGGAGGCCGAGAUGAACGUUAUCAUCGAACGCCUCUCUCAGCCCGGCGGCCCCGGCCUCUCCGGCAACCUCCUCGAUUCCGAGGGGUUCCCUAGGGCAGAUAUUGACAUUCAUGCCGUUCGAGCAGACCGGAAUCGUCUUGCUGUGCUGCGGAAUGAUCACAGGGAUAUAACUGAGCAAAUAAAUCAGAAUAUACAACUUUUGCAUUCAGUAAGGCUGGCUUCAAAAUCUCUGCCAGUGGGAGAAUCGGGUAAUGUUGAAGGCUCAAAUGCUCAAGACACAUCUGUUGUCAAUGUUGGCCACAAUGUUCUUAUGGGAAAUACUGUUAGUGCCAUGGAUGUUGAUGUAAAUGUCAGCAUCCCAUUUGCAUUGGUUGAUGAAAUAAAUGAGGCUUCUCCAGCAGCAGAGGAUGGCUUACAACUUGGUGAUCAGAUUGUGAAAUUUGGGAAUGUGGAAUAUGGUGAUGUUUCGUUGCCAAAGCUUGCUUCUGAAGCUCAAACAAAUCAAGGCCAAGGAGUAUCUGUUAUAGUUUUGAGGCAAGGUGCACUUAUCAACUUAACAGUCACACCUAGAGUAUGGCAGGGGCGUGGCUUACUGGGAUGCCAUUUCCGAAUCCUAUGAACAUCCAAAUAUUCAUGUCAAUUAACGAAAGGCCACUCGAUUUUGCUGAGCUGGAAGGCAGUGCUCCGUCAUGUGUUCCCAAACCCUCCAUAGGGAAGGAGUGUACACUUUUGCAUUGGUAAAAAAUUUAGAUUUGUCUUAAAAAGUAUGUGAACUUACCUCUUUACUUUCUUAUCUCUUGUGGGUUGCCAACUCAAAAGUGCAAUUGGACAUAAGAAGGAAAUAUAUGGAUCUGUAUGGUUUUUAAUAAA